AUGUUUAAUUCAUUAAUUCCAUAUGAUCGACAAGCUCGUUGCAAGUAUACGCAAAUUUGCACAAUUGAACGAGAAGAAAAAGUUCGUAAAGCAUAUCAAACUCGUUAUAAUAAGGAAUUAAGUGGUACACUACUAAAUCAAUUAGUGCAUGCAAUUUGCUACAAAUCACUUGUUGUUGGAAUUGAACCGGUAUCUGUCGCAAAUAAAAUAGGAAGACCAAAACGAAAAAAAAAAUAUUCAUGUCUUGAUUCAAAUCCUGCUAGAAUAUUAAUGGAUAUUACAAAUCAUCCAACAACAAUUACUACAAAAUCUAAUUUCUUUUCUACUGAAGACAGAAACAAAUCAUUUUAUGUUGGUGAAAAUAAUGAAAAAUAUACUUCUGAAUUUACAGUUGAGUGCAGCUCGAAUGCAGCACCAACAUUAUCUUCAUUAAUUGGUAUUCAUGAUCAAAUUUCUAGUAGUAGUAUAUCAUUUGUACAAUCCGAACAAGAUAUUAUCUCAAGAAAUUCUACUGAAGCAUCAUUGAUCACCAGUGGUAUAACAGAAGCAACAUCCACAUAUGAAGUGUUUGAACCAAUUAUAAACAAUUGUAACGACGUGUUUGCUGAUCGACAAGAGGAAGAUAUUACAACGUCAACUGAUAUUGAAUCAAUAGAAAAAUAUACAAUAGAUUCAACACAAACAGCAUUAACAUAUGAAGUAUUUGAACCAAUUGUAAAUAAUUGGAACAAUGUAUUUGCUGAUCGUCAAGAAGAAGAAGAUAUUACAACGUCAACUGAUGUUGAAGCAAUAGACAAAUAUACAAUAGAUUCAACACAAACAGCAUUAACAAAUGAAACUAUAUUUCAAGAUGAUACACGUGCAGCUAGUCCCGACGACGAUGAUUUAUCUUUUGAAAUGGUCAUCAAUGGUCAAUGUACAAAUGAAGUUGUAAUACGAAAUGAAAGUAUAAAACGAAAACGAGAUAAAUUGAAACGAACACGAAAAAGAAUAUUUACUCAUUCUUUUAAACAUCGUCGUCGGUCAAUCAUCACACAAAAACCAUUACCACUAUAUCCUGAUCAAGAUACACCUAAUGAUUUUUAUUCAAACAGUUUUGAAGAAUUAUGGUGGUUAUGUCAUCAAGAUCUUUGUUGUAAUAGAACUUACAAUUCAUCAAUUCAACAAGUGAAAAUCAAGUCGAAUAAAUUCGGAUUAACACCUUCAUCAAUUCAAAGUAAUUCAUUUCAUGUAACAUCAAUACAAUCUCAAUCUAUCUACGAAUCUUCUGAAGACGAACGUGUAUUUCAAUCACCAUAUGCGUGUUCAACUCCGAAGCUCAAUGGAAUGAAAAAUAAUCUUACAUCAUUGAAUUUUAAAACUCCAUCACUGAUAGUAUCAUUAACACCUCGUCGCACUCCUCAUUUUCGAAAAUACUUUCGCACAACGAAAACUGCAAGUCAACCUGAUCUUAAUUAA